ACUUGCAAAUUUGACACUUAACUUAAAAUUAUUCUGACGAAGCUGCAAAAAUAAUAUUUGGGGAAUAAUUAAGAUGUCUAAGGAUAAAGGAAUUCUUUUAAGAGUUCAAUCCUCAGAGGGUACAAAGCGACUGGAAAUAAGCCAAUCAGCGACCACUUGCCGCCUAUAUGAGAGCAUUUAUGAGCUGUUCGAACUGAACAGUUACACAUUUUCUUUGUUCAAAGAAAAGAACAAGAAAAGUGAAGUGGUCAGCAGUAAAACUAACACAGUGCGUAAUGCAGGGCUCCGACAUGGCGACAUGAUUUAUUUGGCUUCCAAUGAUGGGUCUACAUUGUUUCCUAGUACUGUAAGUAGCUUGUCUAAUAAUAAUCAGCACGGGGAACCACUCGAAGAGCCUGUACCUUCAACCAGUUCAGGUUUUUCAGGUUCUAGACCAAAUUCUAGCAGAGCUGCAGUGAGAAGUUCCAUUGCUGUUAAGGAAGAUGAUGUUGAUGUUCAGUUAUAUAAACUUGAUGGAAAGGUUGAGAGGGAAAGAGACGACAAACUGUGUCGUCAUAACGCAAACUCCAGAUGUGUUCACUGUUCCCCGUUGGAGCCCUACGACGAGGCCUAUUUGCGGGAGCACAACAUCAAGCACCUCUCGUUUCACUCGUACAUCAAAAAGCAAACUUCUGGGGUGGAUAGGGGCAAAUUUUUGGCUCUGGACGACAUCUCUUGCAGAAUUAAGGAGGGGUGCAAAGAUCAUCCUCCAUGGCCCAGAGGCAUCUGCUCCAAAUGUCAGCCAAAUGCUAUCACACUCAAUCAACAAGUUUAUCGUCAUGUCGAUAACGUUGCAUUUGAAAAUACCAAUUUGGUGGAGAAGUUUUUGAAUUAUUGGCGCACCACGGGUCUACAGAGAAUUGGAUUUAUGUAUGGAACUUAUGAAGUUCACAGUGAUGUACCUUUAGGUAUCAGAGCCAACGUGGUCUCGAUCUACGAGCCGCCGCAAGACAGCACCCGCGACUCUGUCCGCCUGCUGCCGGACGACCGCGAGGAGACGGUCGAGUCCAUGGCCUCCGCGUUGGGCCUGCGACGCGUCGGCUGGAUCUUCACCGACCUCGUGGCCGAGGACGUGUCCAAAGGCACCGUCAAGCACACCAGGAACAUCGACAGCCACUUCCUGUCGGCGCAGGAGUGCAUCAUGGCCGGCCACUACCAGAACAUGCACCCCAACGCCACCAAGUUCUCCUCGAGCGGCUGCUUCGGCUCCAAGUUCGUCACGGUCUGCGUCACAGGGGAUAAAACCAAUCAGGUUCACAUGGAGGGCUAUCAGGUGUCGAGCCAGUGCAUGGCUUUGGUGCGCGAUAAUUGUCUGCUGCCAACCAAAGACGCCCCGGAGUUGGGCUACAUCAGGGAAUCCUCCGAUAAACAGUACGUUCCUGAUGUUUACUAUAAGGAAAAAGAUUCUUAUGGCAACGAAGUGUCUCGUUUGGCGCGCCCUCUGCCGGUGGAGUACUUGCUAGUCGACGUGCCGGCCUCCACCCCGGUGAAUCCCACGUACACUUUCAACGGCGACGUCUCGAAGCAGCCGUUCGCCAUAGAAAACCGCUUCGUCGACGGGCACAUACAGGACUUCCAAUCGCUCACCAACUAUCUGGCGCAGUUCGCCUUCAACGAGUUCCACCUCGCGAUCAACGACUUCCAUCUGCUGCUCUACAUCGCCACGAUGGACAUGCUGCCCAUGAAGGAGUACAUGGGGCCCCUGCUGCAAGCGCUGAGGACCAAGGACCGCGCUGCCGCGGAGGAGUGGUCCAGGUCCGAGCACUGGGCCACCUUGGAGCAGCUGAUCGCGGCCAGCUCACCCCCGCCGUCGAGGCCCGGAAGCGUCGCCUCCGGAAGCAUAGCCUCGGCGUCCGUCGGGUCUCCGGGAGGAGAGGCGAGAUGGACCUGCCCUUUUUGCACCUUCCUCAACCAGGCGGAUCACCAGAACUGCGAGAUGUGCAACUUGCCGCGAUCAAACAGAACUCACUAAGGAUUUUACCUUGGAGGAAUGCACUUGGGUAUAAUGUGAUUAAAUUUACAUUUAAUCUUAUUAUUAAUCGUCUGAAAUAUUUAAUACGCAACAUUACACCAAACACUUACCUAUAUAAAAUAAAAAGACGGUCAUAUUUUUCUAAAUCAAUCAAUAUUAUGUUUUAAAAAAUAUAGGGCACCGUUUUAUUGUUUGUUCGGGAAAUACUUUUGUGUGUUAAAGCUAGAUUGAUAUUUUCAAUUUUUUCAAAUUAUUACAUGAUAUUUUUUAUCCACUAAUUGAAAAUAUCACAUAAGAAUAAUUCCUGAGUAUAAAUAAAACGGCCCCCUAACGCGUGUAUUUAUUUUGAAAAAAAAAUGUAAAUGUAAAUAAAUAUAACUGGUUAUAUUAUUUAAUUUUGUUUUUGUAGAUAUAAGUUGUGUUUCAUUUAAACUGUAUGUAUGGUGAAUUGAAUAAAAUUUAGUAAAACGCA